AUGACGUCUGCAUUUUCCAAAGUGUCUGGCAUCAUCGAUGAUGACGAAGAGGAUCGUCAGGAGAUCAGUCAGCGAGCACAGGCCCUUUACCAGAGGGCGCAGGAUGCAUACACUUCCAAAGGUUCGCAGAAGGACGUGUUGAGGCUGUUUGAGGAUGCAGAGGCUGCCAUGCGUCCGCUGCUCGGCGGGGGUCUGGCCAGCUUGAAUGCCCAGGCUAGCUUUUGCUUCUUCGCGACUUAUGAACGCUAUUUGACCCUCUACUUUGAAGCCGACGGCUUCCUCGCGGUCGAGAUAGGGUUCAUGAUCGCAGUGCGCCGCGGGCUCAUGACGGCAGCGACUCCCCUUUGGAAUGCCUUGGCUGAUUCCACGAAGAAGGCGAGGACGAUCCAGCUGGCAUCACUGCUAGCGAGUGUUGCGCCAUUUAUGGCGCUCCGCAUACCCGUCGCUCACGAUCGAGAAGGGCUGGUGAUUCGAAGUCUGGCCCUGUGGGCGUUCUCUUUGAUGGGGGCCCCAGCCCUCUCAAUGAUGGACGCGCUGGCGCUCGCUGCUUGUCAGCAGGAUGCUGACACCUGGGGUCAGGCCCGGAUCUAUGGUGCAAUCGGCUGGGGAGGCAUGCACUUGGUGCUUGGACCUCUGCUUGACAGCUAUGGCUUCAGCGUUAUGUUCGCAUCUUUCUGCACGAUGGGAGCUAUUCUCUUCGUGACGUAUUCUGGGAUGCCGGAAGCAUGCGGCGAAACGCGCGGAGAGGUAAGCUUCCGCUCCGUGUUUGGGAUUAUCGCCAGGAGCAAGUGGUUCUUCGCGAACAUCACCAUCUUGGGCGCAGGUUUCUCAAUGGUGGAAGGUAUGCUUUUCCUUCUACUUCAGCAGCUGCAGGCAUCGACUUUUCUUUGUGGCCUGUCAGUGAUGGUCACGGUGAUUUUUGAGCUACCGAUCUUUGCCUACGCCAGCAGCCUGCUCCGGCGGUUUGGCACAACGAAACUCAUCCUGCUUGCACAAUUAGCCUGGGUCAUCCGCGCUUUGUUUUACUCUCGGAUGUCGGCUGCUUGGGCUGUCCUCCUCGUGGAGCCGCUGCACGGGGUGACUUUCGCUCUGGCUUGGGUCGGCGCUAUUGACCACGUAGCGAAGCCUGCCGUGUCUGGAGAAGGCUUACAGGCAUCAUCCCAGGGAUUGUUGACUGCCUGCUUCCUCGGUCUUGGACCCAUUAUUGGUUUGCUGGGAGGAGGGCUUCUGUUUGACACUGUUGGUGGCCAUGCUGCCUAUGCCAUUUUCGCCGUUUUUGUCUCCGUCUCUGGGCUCAUUUACUGGUCAAGAAGCCAUAUCGAAGAAGCCGAGCCUGAGUUGGAGACAGUGCUGAAAGGACGGCUUCAUCAGGCAGUGUCCAUCGCGCAGAUGACAGAGAUUCCAAAUCGCUGGACUCGUGUCAAAGAGCUGUCUGAGGACGUGCUUCAGUUUGACUUCAACAACGCUCAUGCGCGCUGGCUGCGGGGUUUGGCGUUGAAGAGCAUGGGCAAGACAAAAGAGGCUGAAGAGGAGUGCCGCAGGGCGGUCGACUGCGCUCGCUCUCAGGGCAAGGAUGGCGAGGCCCGGCAGUGGGACAAGGAGCUCCAGGAGACCUUCGGCGGAACCGCCACCGCUUCCAGGACGCCGCAGGCGACGCCGCACGCCGGAGCCGCCGACGCUGGAGCUGCCGGAGGACAAGCCGAAGCCCAGCCAGCUGCGAAGAAGGCACCGUCGCCGGCGCUGCAGAAGGGCUUCUUCAAUCGAGCAAGCCGGAAGACAGAGGUGACGGAUCAAGGAAAGAACGGCGACGAGGCUAAGACAGCCCGCGACGGUCUCAAGGAAGAGCAGGCAGCCAAGCCAAGUGGUAGGGAGGCUGAGUUGGAGCAAGAACUCACCAGCCUGCGCAAGAGCCUCCAGGAUCAAGAGGCCGAACUGCAGAAGCAAAUUAUGUCAGCAGAAGCCAGGCAUGCUGAGGAGCAGCAUUUUCGAGAAGGCAGCGAGGCGAUUCUUGAGGAGUUGGAGAACUGUAUUCAUGCGGUUGCUCCGAGUCCGUCAAGCUCGAGCUCUCCAGCUGCACAGGUCGCCAUCCAACAGGCAACAGAGCGCACACAGGCAGGCAAAGCCUGGGCAGAGAAUGAGCAGCAGCGCUACGUGGAAUUUUCCACGGAGGUGCUGACUCUUCAAGAGAUGUCGGUGAGGGAGUUUCGUGAACAAGAGGAUACCGCGUCGAAGCAAAGCAAAGAACUUCGCGAGCUUGCCAAACGGUUUGGCGACCUUCUGAGGUCGGCUAAGCGGCUGGACGGGUUUGUCAGGGAACACUCUUCGGGACGAGAGAUAGCAGACCCGGAUGUUCAGCACAUGGCACAACAAGUUGCAGACUUCCACAGCCUCCCCUGGACGAGUAAGCUUUCUGCCAUGCUUGACGAUGGAGCAGUCCUGCGAAUCGUUGCCAUGUUUUCUGUGCUUGGCAUGAUGUUCGGCUUGGCGUUGGUGGUGGAG